AUGGGAAUUAAAUUAGCUACAGCAAUUUGUGCCCUUUUAGGGUUUUUAACAAGUAUUGCUUGUUUAUAUUCUGGAACUUGGCUUUAUAGUGAAAUGAAUGAAAUAAGAAAAGAAUUAAAUGAAGAAAUGCAAAAUUUUAAAGAACAAUCUGAUGAAAUUUGGAGUAUUUUAGUAAAACAAAAAAGAAGAGAAAAAAGAGCAGCUUAUGAUGAGGCUGAUAGUAAUUCUUCUGAUUUAACUGAAAAUAAUAAAAAUAAAGUUGAAGGAAAUGAAAAAGAAAAUAAUAAUGAUAAAAUAAAGGAAAGUGAAGGAUCUAAACAAAAAAUAAUUAAACAACAAAAACAACCCCAACAAUCACCUGCAAAUAAAUGUAAAUGCUCCGAAAGAAAAUGCCCUGCUGGACCUAAAGGUCCCAAAGGUCCGCCUGGAGCGAAAGGAUUGGAUGGAUUACCUGGAGAGGUGAUUAAUGAUUUAAAUGAGAUUUUAGGUAAAAAGAUAGUCAGUCACUAA